UACCACAGAAGAAGAAGAAGAGCAGCAGGACGGUGACGAGGAAGAAGAGGAAGCCGUUGGCAGCUAGUUAGCUGUUUCUUCAUACGCAGUGCAGCAGCUGUCAGAGUUUAAUGCUGGAGGUUUCCACUUGCUGAGAAUGAACCCUACCGAUGUCAGAUCAGAAAGGUCGUAUCGGGAGCUCCAGCAGCUUUGGGUCCCGUCGUAUUUCCACACUCUGGGAUGAGCUGAUGACUUCUGGCAGCUUUCACCUCUUCCUGCAUCAUCCCAGUUCUGUCGGAUAGAACCGCCUCUGCUUCGUACCGCGUUCCCUCCUCCACGGACCCCGGUGAACCCACCAGCCACCCAGAGACCCCCGGCGGAGCCUCCGCCCCCCCCCCCCCAAACCCCACCGGCCACCAUGUAUUGCCUGCAGUGGCUGCUGCCCGUGCUGCUCAUCCCCAAGCCGCUGAACCCGGCUCUCUGGUUCAACCACUCCAUGUUCAUGGGCUUCUACCUGCUCAGCUUCCUGCUGGAGAGGAAGCCCUGCACCAUCUGUGCCUUGGUCUUCCUCGCUGCCCUCUUCCUCAUCUGCUACAGCUGCUGGGGCAACUGCUUCCUCUACCACUGCCAGGACGCCGCGCUGCCGGACGCCGCCCACGACCCGGCCAUCGUCGGGACCUAAGGGGAGACGCCCGGCGGAGGAGGAGGAAGAGGAAGAGGAGGCGUAACAAGGGAUUGGUUGGGAUUUGCUGUAGAAUGACACUGCCACGCCAUGAGGAAGAGGAGGAGGAGGAAGAGGACGGAGUGCUCAGCCAAAGACUGCAGGAGGCCUGGAACCUCCUGGAGACGACGACCCGAGCAGAUGAGCAACCAAAACUCCAGUCAAAGGGAAUUGUCGCUGUUUUUGGUCUCGGCGACGUUUGAAUUAAAAGUAGAUGCUUCGCAGUAGAAACUGGGUUUCGGUGUUUUUUUUUUUUUUUUUUUUUUUUGAUUAUUUUUAGGAUGGGAAAAACGUUUUGUUCCUCAGGACGGGCCAAACUGUCUGGAGGCGACGCUCCUCCAAACGGACUCCGGACAAUCACCCCGUCGACUGGUUCUCCUCCUCGUCAGAUAAAAUGCUGAGCUUCCUUCUGUCCCCUCGGUGUUUUAGCCUCUCUUUUGUGAUACAAACUCUACCCCCCCCUGUUCUUUUUAAACCGUUACUUUUCCUCAUGCAUGGUUUGCUGGUUUUCAAAGCAUUUGAUUCCCAGAUUUUAAUGAAUUUGAACAAAAUGCUGAAACCUUCCAGAGGGUACCGGAACCCGGCUGAAAUGUGCGGCGUGUGCGUUUUUUUUUGUUUGUUUGUAUUGUUUUCCUGCUCAUGCUGAAGUAUGAAACUGGCGAUUUUUUUUUUUUUUUUUGUGUUCUGAAUCAACUGUAAGCAAUACAGGAAGCUGGCUUCGGACCUUCAACCCGCGGCGGCGGCGCCUGGACAUCCUCGCCGUUUCCUCGCGUCUCGCCGCUCCAAGUGUUAACGUUUAGCCGUCGGACUGGCUUGUUCUGUGUUCCUGCUGGGAGUGUGAGGGAUGUGUGCCGCCUGUUGCAGCGCUGAAAGGGCCUACUGCAGCACGGUCACCUUGGUUUUAAUUUAAAUAAAGUCUUCUGUGUUUGGAUCAUUGAAACAAA